AAGGGCGCAAACGAGAACGACACACAAGGGGGCAUCGAUAUGCACAAGGCACUAGAUCGAUUGACGUCGAACUCAAAAUCACAAGACAGCGACAAGAAUAGCAAAGUGUCAACCUCGGAGUCCUCAGACGACUAUGGGGAAGGCGAGGACGCGGAUGACGAUCCAGAUCGCAUUGUGGCAACUGCGAUGACCAUUUUCCAGAGGGGAAAGAAGAAGAAACUUCGUACAUGGGAGAUGCUGAGGCAUACUUUGGUAGUCAGUCGUGACGAGGCAACGGACCGCUCACGCGGAGCAGCAGUUGACGCUAGGGCUAGCAUCCCUGUUGCUGCUGGUGUGUCGUCACUAAAUGCUCUCGGCCAAAACAGUCCCCGAACAACUGUGUUUUCAAGAGCUUCAUCAAAACUAUCAACUAUUACUUAUUC